CUUGCUUUUGCGCGUGGCGGGCGGGGCCUCUGGGGCGGAGCCGCCACCAUUUUGGAACGGAGGCGGAGCAGAGCCGACUGGGAGCGACCGAGCGGGCCUCCGCUGCCGCCAUGAACCCCGAAUAUGACUACCUGUUUAAGCUGCUUUUGAUUGGUGACUCGGGUGUGGGCAAGUCAUGCCUGCUCCUGCGGUUUGCUGAUGACACAUACACAGAGAGCUACAUCAGCACCAUUGGGGUGGACUUCAAGAUCCGAACCAUUGAGCUGGAUGGCAAAACCAUCAAACUUCAGAUUUGGGACACAGCCGGCCAGGAACGGUUUCGGACCAUUACUUCCAGCUACUACCGGGGGGCUCAUGGCAUCAUCGUGGUGUACGAUGUCACUGACCAGGAAUCCUAUGCCAAUGUGAAGCAGUGGCUUCAGGAGAUUGACCGCUAUGCCAAUGAGAAUGUCAAUAAGCUCCUGGUGGGCAACAAGAGUGACCUCACCACCAAGAAGGUCGUAGACAACACCACAGCCAAGGAGUUUGCAGACUCUCUAGGCAUCCCCUUCCUGGAGACAAGUGCCAAGAAUGCCACCAACGUCGAGCAGGCUUUCAUGACUAUGGCUGCUGAGAUCAAAAAGCGGAUGGGGCCUGGAGCAGCCUCAGGAGGAGAAAGGCCCAACCUCAAAAUCGACAGCACCCCUGUGAAGCCAGCUGGUGGUGGCUGUUGCUAGGAGGGUCACUUGGGAUGGGACAGGAGAGGACACCUCCAGAUGAUGCCUCUGGAGAGGGCAGGAGGUGCUUUCUGUCUCUCCUGGGCAUUUGAGUCUGUGGCUUUGAGGUGUCCUGGGCUCCCCAUCUCCCUCUGGCUCAUCUGCCUGCUGUCCUGAACCCUGGUUAUGUCAGGGUCCCCAAGGGAGGACACAGGACUUGUGGCAAGGGCGGGGAUGGGGGCUGCUCUGCUGCUGCCUCUAGGUACCUUGGAAAGAUGCCCCACCAUGCGCCUUCCUUUGGAACCGGGGGGGCUCCUCUGUCUCCCCUCCCUCAUGUAUGCUGCACUGGGUUUCUUGUCUCUCCUCUGUUCCCAGGAGCUGAGGCCUCCCUGGCCUCUGCUGCCCCUGACUGUAGUCAGUGCCUAGGGUCAGGACUAGCCAGGGAAUCCAAGGCCUGGGAUCUAGGGCCCUGGGUUAGACCUCAGGAUGGGUAUGGGGGCUGCAGGAGCCCAGCAGCCCACCCUUUCCUUUCCUCUGCCUCCCUCCACCCUUCCUACACUCAGCUCAAGCCAUCCUGCUGCGGUGGGGUCCGAGCACAGUUAGGGCAGGUGGGCGGGAGGCUGCACUGGGCCUGUGUCUUGAGCCCAGAGGGAGCCUGCUCCUGCCACCCCCUGCCCUGCCAGAGCCAGGCCCAUGUGCUGCCUGCCCACCGUGCCCCUUUGUGCCCAAAGCAGGAAGAGGCGGAAGGCCCACCGUGCCAGAGGCCAGGCACCAGCCUUAACCCUCACUCUGCCAGCGCGCCCUCUCUUUCCCUGAGGCAGCACAUCUGGUCUAUUCCUCUCAUUGCUCAGAGCCUCAUUCCUGCCGCUACUUCUCUGGGGAAUGUGGGUAUAACCUGGAGUUGGGGGUCCUCUGCUCACC